CCGUGCCUUUUAUUAUUAUUCGCAAUACUUCAUGGAACUUGUAGUUUGUUAGUGACACAAUUCAAUAAAUACUGGAGUACAGAAAACUACGACGCACAGAAGGUGUCCACUGCGGUUGUCUGUAGUGUUUUCCCGUACUUCAGAGAGGGAAGAGUUCAGAAGAGUACCUUGCCAGCUAUCAAACGUCAUUCGAAAACCCUACAAACAUGGGUGACAACAAGUACAGUAACGGCAUUCAGCACCAGGGGUCAGCGAUGACGGAUGUUCAGUUGUUCGAGGAGCAGUUUGAGGAGCUGGUGUCGGAGCUGACCGAAAAAGACUUUACCGACCCCGUCCUUGCCGAUGCCCUCAACAGGCUGAGAGAUGUGCUGCAGUAUAAUGCCCCGGGGGGCAAGAGGAACCGGGGCCUGUCUGUCAUUGGCUCAUUGCGGGAGUUUGUGCCCCCCUCAGAGCUGUCACAUGACGCUGUCCGGCAUGCCCUCCUGGUUGGCUGGUGCAUUGAGCUGCUUCAGGCAUUCUUCCUGGUAGCAGAUGACAUCAUGGAUGCAUCUGUGACUCGGAGGGGGCAGCCCUGCUGGUACAAAAAGGAGGGAGUGGGUUUGGACGCCAUCAAUGAUGCCUUCCUCCUGGAGGGGUCAAUCUACAGGCUUCUGCGGAGACACUGCAGGGGUCAGACCUACUACACACACCUGCUGGAGCUGUUCACAGAGACCUCUUUCCAGACAGAGCUGGGUCAGGCCCUGGACCUGAUGACUGCCCCGCCCAAUCAGAUCGAUCUGAACCGCUUCAGCAUGGAGAGGUAUAAAGCCAUAGUGAAGUACAAGACCGCUUUUUACUCCUUCUACCUGCCUGUGGCUUCGGCAAUGUACAUGGCUGGAAUAGACAGUGAGGUGGAACACAACAACGCCAAAACCAUCUUGCUGGAGAUGGGGGAGUUCUUUCAGAUUCAGGAUGACUACCUGGAUUGCUAUGGUGAUCCUGCUGUGACAGGGAAGAUUGGCACAGACAUCCAGGACAACAAGUGCAGCUGGCUGGUGGUGACUGCGCUGGGGGUCAUGACCCCUGAACAGAGGGAGGAGCUUCAGUCUUGUUACGGGCGCCAUGACGACAAGAGCGUGGAGCGUGUCAAGGCUCUUUACGGCGCGCUGGGGAUGCCUGCUCUCUAUCGACAGCACGAAGAGGAAAGCUACCAGCGCCUGCUCAAGCUCAUCGAGUGUCACGCCCAAAACCUUCCCCACGCCGUCUUCUUGAACUUUGCAAAGAAGAUCUACAAGAGGAACAAGUAGAUGUGGCAGAAGGAUUAGGGCUCAAGGCUUAGGACUUUUCAAAUGUACCGGAUGACACAGUGGGCAGGAGGUGUUAGUGUCAGACACAGAGCUGAGGGGGUUGAAGUCUACGGGUGUGACACUGAAGAGUGUAAACCAGGGAGGAGGGGAAUGGCUAUAUCAGUAAUCAUUUAGAGAGAUGGAAGAGGUGCAAAUGACUGUUUUGUGAGUUUAUAAAUAUAGCCUCAGGAUCACUGGACAUGAUAUACAUGAAGCACGAUAAUCCACUCUCACAACUCACUGCAGGGCACUGAAAGAUUCACAGGUCACAUCCACAGCCUGCGUAAUAAUAAUAAAAAACAGGUGUGGAAAUGGAGGCAGUGCUCAUGUGUGCCACCUGAGCAUGCUUCUCUGGUCAGUAAUUGAGUGGGGUCGACUGUCCUGUUCAACGUUAUUGAAUGCUGCUGCUCUGUAAUAGGUUUUCCAGUUGUGUGGCUUUUAUUGACUGCCCUCUGUCCCUCUCUUUCUCUGUCUCUGCCUGACCUCUGUGUCCUCCCAUCUUACCUUCUCUUGUGGUCUCUGUAAUUUCCCCAUGUAAAUUUCACUGGUGAAUAUCUGCUGUUAAUAAAGGACUUUUCUCUUUUUAUUGCAAACA